GCAAAUGGGGGUGUGGGAGUCCAUCCUGCGCCGUGGUGGCCGGCGCUUCAUCAAGCGCAAGGACAGCGACGCCGGCGAGGCUGGUCGGGCAUUGGAGGAGCUGAGGAGCUCCCUCUACAACGAGUUUCAUACUUCGGAAGGGGCCAAGCGCCAGCAACAGAGGUUUUGUGGCCCGGGUGUCGCACUAACGUUCAACUUUGUGGUUUCUGUUGGGAUCAUCAUGGCAAACAAAAUGGUGAUGGGUGCUGUCGGGUUUAACUUCCCAGUUGCACUGUCACUAAUCCAUUACAUAGCUGCCUGGGUCCUCAUGGCUGUUCUCAGGGCAUUAUACUUGAUGCCCAUCGCUCCUCCUCCGAAAUCCACCCCUUUCUCCUCAUUAUUCGCUUUGGGUGCUGUGAUGUCUUUUUCCACUGGACUUGCUAAUAUCAGUUUAAAGCAUAAUAGCGUAGGGUUUUAUCAAAUGGCUAAGAUAGCAGUAACUCCAACAAUCGUUGCAGCAGAAUUUAUUCUUUUCCAGAAAAAAGUUUCCCUUCGAAAGGUUAUCACGCUAGUUAUAGUAUCAUUUGGUGUGGCUGUAGCAACUGUUACUGAUUUGGAGUUCAACUUUUUUGGUGCUUGUGUAGCAGUAGCUUGGAUCAUUCCUAGUGCUGUAAACAAGAUCCUCUGGUCAAAUUUACAACAGAGUGGAAACUGGACUGCCCUUGCGUUGAUGUGGAAGACAACCCCAAUCACCAUAUUCUUCUUUCUUGUUCUGAUGCCUUUGAUGGAUCCUCCUGGGUUGCUGUCUUUCAACUGGAAUGUCAAAAACAGCAGUGCAAUUAUGAUAUCUGCUUUGCUUGGUUUUCUUCUUCAGUGGUCCGGUGCUUUGGCACUUGGUGCAACCUCGGCUCUAUCUCAUGUUGUGCUAGGCCAAUUCAAGACUAUUGUCAUAAUGCUCUCCGGGUUUCUGGUGUUUAACUCUGAUCCUGGACUCACCAGUCUUUAUGGAGCUGUCAUUGCACUCGGAGGCAUGUCAAUCUACACAUACCUAGGGCUUCAAGAGUCAACCACUGGUGCUAAGAGAAUUCCUUCAACAUCUAGGCAAAGUUCUCAGUCACUGAAAUCCAAGGUUACUGUGGACGGAGAAAAGCCGGAAACAAGACCUAUGGACUCUGUCUAAGUUGAAGAAUUGCAGUUUGUACUGCAUUUGAGUUCCAUACUUCACCUGAACUUUGAGGAAAGACAGACUAAUCUCUAUGCAAGCAGAUUUUUCAAGAGCCUGCUCUCUUUUCCCCUCGUUCUUCCUAGAAUGCUGUCACUCUGUUUUAGGAAAAUGUAGCCAACUGUUUGUUUGUCAUCCACCAUAAUUGUUAAUGUAGAAAUAGCCGACUGACGUUCUCCAUAGUUUUAGCAAUUUUGGUUUGCAGAUGUACCUUUUUUCCUGUUCUGGCUCUUGCCUUGUGGAUUUUGUUUCGAUUCAGUAAAUGGACGAUAGGCUGCUGA